GUAUAUAUAAGAUAUUAUAGAAACGCGUGGUACAAAGAUGGAAGAAGAUAUAUCGAAACAUCAACAGAAUGAGUCAAAUAACAAAAGACCACAAUUUGGUAACAGAAUUCUUUCUAACAAUAACAAUGUAUUUCAACAUAAUGCAUGGGAUAAUAUUAUAUGGGAUGAAGAACAACAAAAUUUAGCAAAACAAAAAGUAAAUGAAAACUCAACCAUAACUAUGUCAGAUGAAAAAAUUUGGGAAUAUGAACAUGAGGCUUAUAAAUAUUGGGAUAAGUUUUAUGGAAUACAUGAAAAUAAAUUUUUCAAAGAUAGACAUUGGUUAUUUACAGAAUUUCCUGAAUUAGCUGUUGAUAUUGUAAAACAAAAUAUUAAACAACCUCUAAGAUUUAAAAAUGAAAACAUAAAAAAAAAUGGUCAAGAAACUCAUGAAAAUAUCCUUGAUUUACCUAGUAAAAAUGGAAAUAAAAUUUUAGAAAUUGGUUGUGGAGUAGGAAACACAGUAUUUCCAAUACUUUUGUAUAACACAGAUGCAAACUUAUUUGUAUAUUGUUGUGAUUUUUCUGCAAAAGCAUUAGAUAUAUUGAAACAGAAUUCUGCUUAUGACACAUCGAGAUGUAAAGCAUUUAUUCUUGAUGUAACACAAGAGGAAUGGGAAACUCCUUUUGAACCAGAAAGUUUAGAUAUUAUUGUGCUGAUAUUUGUUCUUUCAGCUAUUAAUCCUGAAAAAAUGAAACACAUCAUAGAACAAAUCCACAAAUAUUUAAAAUCAGGUGGAUUGGUUUUGUUUCGAGAUUAUGGAAGAUAUGAUUUAGCUCAAUUAAGAUUUAAAAAAGGUAGUUGCCUUGCAAACAAUUUUUAUGUUCGAGGUGAUGGAACUAGAGUAUAUUUUUUUACACAAGAAGAAAUUAGGAUAUUAUUUACAAGUUGUGGUUUUAUAGAAGAACAAAAUCUUAUAGACAGGAGAUUACAAAUUAAUAGAGGAAAACAACUUAAAAUGUAUAGAGUAUGGAUUCAAGGAAAGUAUAGGAAAUAAAUGAAAAUUGCUAUAAUUGAUGUAA